GAAGCCGGAAGCGGAUCUAACGCGAACGGCGCGUGGUGGCGGGUGGAAACCGGCCCAGCGGGGCGCUCGGGGUUCUUCGGGCGGCGGGCAAGGACAAAGUUCCCCGGGACGGGUUCUGCGUGCGCGCGCCUCUGGCCUUCAGGGGCCGGUGCUGCAGGCUCUGCAGCUUGUGCUCCGCGCUCGGCACGACCUCAUGGCUCUGUUAAGAGCGGCCGAGCCCGAGCCCCGGUCGGGUGUGUCAGGUGGCAAAGUAGAUGUCUGGCAUGCUGAUCCCAUUUUCAGUGAAGAACUGCUUCCAGUUGCUUUGUAAUCACAAGAUUCCAGCAGCAGGCUUUAAAAACACUACAAAAGGUGGGCUCAUUUUACAGUCAAUUUCCAAUGAUGUAUAUCAAAAUCUGGCUGUAGAAGACUGGAUCCAUGACCAUGUAAACCUAGAAGGCAAGCCAAUUCUUUUCUUUUGGAGAAAUUCUCCCUGUGUUGUGAUUGGUAGGCAUCAAAAUCCUUGGCAAGAAUGUAACCUGAAUCUGAUGAGAAAAGAAGGUAUAAAACUGGCUAGGAGAAGAAGUGGAGGAGGAACAGUCUACCAUGAUAUGGGUAAUAUCAAUUUGACUUUCUUUACAACCAAAAAAAAGUAUGAUAGAAUGGACAAUCUGAAAUUAAUUGUGAGAGCACUGAAUGCUGUCCAACCCCAGCUGGAUGUUCAGGCUACCAAAAGAUUUGACCUUUUACUUGAUGGUCAGUUUAAAAUCUCAGGAACAGCCUCAAAGAUUGGCCGGACUACUGCUUAUCACCAUUGUACCUUAUUAUGUAGUACUGAUGGAACCUCUUUGUCUUCUUCACUAAAGAGCCCUUACCAAGGGAUCAAGAGCAAUGCCACUACUAGCAUACCUUCUUUAGUGAAAAAUCUUUUGGAGAAAGAUCCCACUCUGACCUCUGAAGUACUGAUGAAUGCUAUUGCUGCAGAGUAUGCUGCUUAUCAUCAAAUUGAUAAUCACAUUAAUCUAAUAAAUCCAACUGAUGAAACACUGUUUCCUGGAAUAAAUAGCAAAGCCAAAGAACUACAAACUUGGGAAUGGAUAUAUGGCAAAACACCAAAGUUUAGUAUAGACACUACUUUGGAUGUGUUAUAUGAGCAGUCACACUUGGAAAUUAAAUUAUUCAUAGAUAUAAAGAAUGGAAGAAUUGAAAUCUGCAAUAUUGAAGCACCUGAUCAUUGGAUACCACUGGCUAUAUGUGACAAGUUAAAUUCAAGUUUUAUUGGCAGCAAGUUUUGCCCAACUGAAACUACCAUGCUGACAAACAUUUUACUUAGAACAUACCCAGAAGACCAUGAACUACAUAGUAAAUGGGAUAUUCUUUGUGAAAAAAUUAGAGGAAUAAUGUGACUCCAAGUAACUAUUUAUAUUGUCAGUUUCAAUGAGAGAAUAAAACUUUUAAAUGCAUUGUAUGUCUAAAAAACAAAAAAGCUGAGUGCACUGGCAUCUGCUUGUAAUCCCAGCACUUGGGAGGCUGAGGCAGGAGGGACACUGAAGUUCAGGAGUUCAGCGUCAGCCUGGACAACAGUGAGGACCAUGUCUGGGGAAAAAAGCCUAGUCUCUUUCAGUAACUUCUCCCCAUUUGAAAUUCUUUAUUAUCUGUUCUUGUCCAUCUUCUCUUUUGACAUUUAGAAUACGCUUUCUUCAUUGAUUUAGUUCCUGGCACACAUUUAUAUUUCAGCUCCUUCACUUCUUAUUGCCUUGGAAAUGUAUACCACAGUAGACAGUCCAGCUUCAUAAUUGCUUGUUUUCAUACCUCUGUUGCCACCUCUAAUAUCAUAAUCUCUAAAAUUCUCUCAUAUUUAAAAUAUUUUCUUGUCUUUCCAUCUUCUCUCACUAAAUGAAACCCAUUACAUUUUUCCCAGCCUUUGACUUUAAUCUCUCCUACCUUCAUUUCUUUCCCUCAUCAAGCCUGAAUUAUUUCAAGUAUACUGUACUUUCUUACCAGUGUUUUCAUCUGCUUUUCUCCCUUUACCUACCAUUGCCACUUAAAAAAAAAAAAAAAAAAAUGUCCAGACAAUCGGUUUUCUAUUUCUAUACCUAGAUGACAAGCAAUCCAUCAUAUAAUCAUGACAA